CGAGUGAGUGCGACCCACUGCGCCCGCACUCCUCCUCGCGGCCCUUCCCACUCGCGCCCGCACUUUCCCCGCCCGCGCGCGCCAUCGCUUGCUUCCCCGACUUGUCUACUCCCACCACGCACCGCCAGCCGCCACCUUUUCCCCCCUCUCCCUCUCUUCCUCUGACCCUUCUCCUUCGCCCCCACCUCUCGCUUUUGCGCCCGCGCGCACUUAUCUAUUGUCGGGGGGUUCGGACGGCGACGGAGCAAGCAAAGCAACUAGGCAACUCAGCAGCAGCAGCAGCAGCGCCCAAGAACCGGUCGUGCCGCGUGGGCGCUCGUAGCCUCGGCGCGGUGUGGUAGGUGGCGGGCGCGGCAAGCCUGUGCUUGACCUCGACCUCGCCGCCUGGACGGUAGAUCGAACUACCGAUCGAUGCCUCCUCCCAAGCACCGGGCGGAGCGCGGCGAGUGCGGGUGCUGGGCCGCCGUCGCGCGGGGCCUGCGGGGCGCCUGCUUCCGCCCGGCGGCGGCGUCGGCCGCCGAGCGGAGCCCCGCCGGAGCCGCGGUCAAGGGCAGCCUCGUCUAUGAUGCAGCAGAGAUGAGAUACCUAAAUGCUAGCAAUCGAGAUCUUGCUGACCAUUUUGAGAAGAAACUUAGUGAUGAAAAUGGUGUUGACGCAUCAAUUGAAAAGAAAACACCACCCAAGCUACUUGAGUUUACUUUCCAAGAGUUGAAAUCUGCCACUGUUAACUUUAGGCCAGACAGUAUUCUUGGAGAAGGUGGGUUUGGGUAUGUCUUCAAGGGGUGGAUUGAGCCGAACGGCACAGCUCCUGCAAAACCGGGCACUGGUCUGACUGUAGCUGUCAAAAGUUUGAAGCAAGAUGCCCUUCAAGGUCAUAGAGAAUGGGUGGCGGAAAUUGAUUUUCUGGGACAAUUGCAUCACAAGCACCUAGUUAAGCUGAUCGGUUAUUGCAUCGAGGAUGACCAAAGGCUGCUGGUAUAUGAAUUCAUGGCACGAGGAAGUCUAGAAAAUCAUCUAUUCAGAAGGACUCUUCCCCUACCUUGGCCCUGCAGGAUGAAGAUUGUUCUUGGUGCUGCUAAAGGUCUGGCAUUUCUACAUGUUGGUCCAAAACCAGUUAUUUACAGGGAUUUUAAGACAUCAAAUAUUCUUAUUGAUUCGGAAUACAAUUCAAAACUUUCAGAUUUUGGAUUAGCAAAAGCAGGUCCUCAAGGAGAUAAAACCCAUGUCUCUACUCGGGUUCUUGGCACCUAUGGCUAUGCUGCCCCUGAGUACGUAAUGACAGGUCACUUGACUACUAAGAGCGACGUCUAUAGCUUCGGGGUCGUGUUACUCGAGGUACUGACUGGCAGAAGAUCGGUGGACAAGAAGCGCCCGCCGGGGGAGCAGAACCUGGUAGCGUGGGCGAGGCCGUACCUAAGCGACCGGCGGAGGCUCUACCAGCUCGUAGAUCCUCGCCUCGGGUUGAACUAUUCCGUUAGAGGAGUGCAGAAGGUUGCCCAGAUCUGCCACCACUGCCUCAGCCGCGACAGUAAGUCGCGCCCAAUGAUGGAUGAGGUCAUCAAACACCUGACGCCGCUGCAGGACCUGAACGACAUGGCCUCCGCGUCUUACAGGCCUCGGCCAUCUCCGCGCGGUGAGUAGCAUGAUAGAAACAUAGAACAGGCCUCGGCCAUCUCCGCGCGGAAAGGCGCGUCGGUGAUAGCUGGUUUUCCGACGCAACAGAAACAGCGGGCCCUGUAAUUCUUUGCCUUGCUGGAUGCAUAUGCUGGUUUUUGUUUUGAAUUGUACAGGAAAAACUGGGCUCUAUGCUAUUGUUGACCACCAACAACUGGAGUUACCACACACCCAUCGGAGAUCUCGCUUCAUUAGAUCAAUCACCACUAUCUGGCUGACUGAGGAUGCGAAAACAAGGAAACAGAUCCGAUGGAUGUUGUUGUAAUAAUAAGUUAUUAAGCUAAUUUCUGAUUGGGUUAGAUGGGAUCA